AUGCUCAGUGUGUGGGCCCUCCUUCUGUUCACUUUCCCCUACGUUGGUGCAAUACCCACAGUGGGUAAGGGCCUGUACGCUCUAUGGGUUUGUAUCCUCUUCCUGUCGUUGAGCGGCGUCUUCGUGCUUAUGCCAGCCGCGACCUGCCGCAUAUUUGGAUCCACUUACAUGGCUGUCAACUACGGCAUGAUCUUCAGCGCAUUUGUGAGUAAUUUGCUGACCUCUGUCCCCUUCCCCAACUACGCCAUAUUUUGCCCUUCUAUGCAUGAGGCAAGCGAGACUGUAUCAGUGCUUCUCCACGCAUGUCUUCAGACAGCUUCGAAAUCUGUACUUAAAGUCCGUGGGAUAAGCUCAGAUUUUAAAAUUUGUAAUCCGACCGUCUGUCCGCCACAAACGGUAAAACCACCAUUGGAUUUCGAUUUAUAG